AUGAACUUGCUUGCAUCGUAUAAGAAGGAUAUAAAGGAGGAGGUUCAAAGGAAAUUUGAAGAGAAGAAAUUAUCUGAUAACAUAUAAAAACAACCAUAAAUUGUGAAGAAACCUCAUUCUCCAUUGAAGGAAUAAGGGGAAGAAGUGAAUCAUUAGGAUGAGAGAAAAUUCUUGAGCUCUCCAACCACAAUAAAAGCUGUCGAAAUUUUAGGCAGAGACAUUGAAGAUCUAGUUUAUAAAACUGUUGAGCAGAUUCAUAAGCAAUAUGGAGCUGCUUCUCGAUUUGAUGAAAACGUAUAGUAACAAGCAGAAAAAUCCCAUCAGCAAGAAUAGAAAGUUAAUUAAAAAGAGAAAAUAAUUAGAAAAGAAACUAGGAAGGAGCAACCGCCACCAGCUAAAAUUUAAGAAAUAAAGCUUUAAAAGUAAUAAGCAUAAAAAAGCCCCUAACACAACUAAACAUUGCAAAAUAAAUAACCUGUAUUUGAUAAUUAAAAAGUUGAGUAAAAAGUUACAAUUUAAAAAUAAACAAUUAAAACUCAAGACAACAAUAACUCACCAAAAAAAGUGCAAACAUAUCAUGAAAAAUAUGACAUUCUUGAUAAUUAUAAUGAAGUAGACAUGCGAAUUAAGCAACUUAAAGAGCAAAUUGAGAAUGAUCUAAAGCCAAAAAGAGUUACAUUGAAAAGAGACGAAUCUAGUGAUUUUCAGACAUAUAUAACUGAAACAUAACAAAUAAAUUAAAGAAAUGCUGAGUCUAGCUAGACUAAAAGAAGGUAGGACUACAAGGAAUUUCAAACAAAUAGUAAAAAUGAUCAAACAACAGAUGCUUCAAGUUAUCAUUCACAAAAGGCCUCACAGCUCUUGAAUAAAGUUAAUGUACCAUAGACACCCGUUUCUAUAAACAAUAGCAUCAAGUUCAAUACAUCUAUGAGAAGUAAAGGCUUAUCAACUCAAGGCGAAAUGCUAGAACAUGAGAAGCACAGAUUAGAAAAAAUUAUUGAACAAGAGGCUGAAAACUUUAGAAGUGUCUUGGAGAGAGAAAAUGAGAAGUUGGAAAAAGCUGAGCAAAAUGAGAUAGACUACUAUAAGUAAUAAGAGGAAUACCUCAGAUAGAGGGAGUAUCGUAUUAAAGAAUAAUUUCUGUUGAAGCAAAAGCUAAGAAAGGAAGAGUUUAAGAGAUUAGAGGAAAUGAAGAAAAAGUAAGAGGUUACAAAUCAACAGUAUUAAGAGAAGAAAAGACAGUUAGAUCUUGAUGACGAUGAAGCAAAAAGGGAGUAGCAUGAGUCUCAAAUGAGAUACCUUAAGUAAAGAUAAGAAUUGCAAUUAAAGUCGUCUUAAAGGACAUAGGAGAGAAAAUAAAAAAUCUUUGAAGAUCAUUAAAAAAUGUUAAGAGAAAAAGAAGAAAAACUACUCUAAAGAGAUAGAUCAAAAGAUUCAUUAAUUAAGUAUAUUCAUGAAGAAAAGCGGUCAAAGAGUGUGGUAAGAUAGAAAUAAAUAGAUCUUAAAAUAAAGACUGUCUUAAACAAAAGUGAGAUUAUUGAAUAACAAAAAAGAGUGGAUAAAGUUGAACAGAUUUAUAAUAAAGAAGUCAAAGUUGAUAAACUCCUGUAAGAAUAUGAUGAAAUUCAAGAAAAGCAAAGAGAAGUAAAAAGCAAUUAGAGUAAAAUAAGAGCUGAAAUAGUCUUGAAGAAUAAUGACGAUAUUUAUAAAGUGAAAAGAGAGAGCGUCAUUAGAAAAAUAGAUGAUCAGGAAAUCAAGGUCAAUGAUUUGUUGAAAAGGAUAAAUCAGGAGAGGUAGGAGCAGCAAAAGCGAAAGAACGAGAUACAAAAUAUAAGAGAGGACAUUGUUGAGACAUUCAUUAAGGAGCAAUAAUAGAUUAGAGCUGAAAAGAAAGAAAGAUAUUCGUAGUAAGAUACAGAGUUCAAGACUAUAGCUAAUGAGAGAGAAAGGAUUAGAGAUAGAAUUAAGGAAAUAAAAAAGAGAUUUGAAUUUGAUAAGCAGUCCACUUUGGAUUAGAUGCGUAGAAGCUAGAGUCGUGAGCAGAGAGGCAGGAUCAUGAUGACCGUCAAGAACUACGAGGAUAGCAUUAGAAGCAUGUAGCAUAGUCCAAUAAAUCAAAGUAGAGGAUUACUUUCAUCUAAAAACAGUAGUAGAUUCCAGAAUCAAAGUUUCUUCAUUUGA